AGCGCUCCUGUCGCGGUACCAGCGUCCAGCCUGUCCCCGGGACUGCCCCUGACUCAGGCGCACCCACUGCUCGUUGGCAGGAGGGUCGGCGGAGCGUCAUGGCCUGCAUCCUAAAGAGAAAGUCUGUGGUUGCAGUGAGCUUUGUAGCAGCGUUUCUCUUCCUGCUGAUUGUGCGCCUUGUAAAUGAACUGAAUUUCCCAUUGCUACUAAACUGCUUUGGACAACCUGGUACAAAAUGGAUACCUUUCUCCUACACCUUCAGGCGGCCCCUUCGAACUCACUAUGGAUACAUAAAUGUGAGGACGCAAGAGCCUUUACAACUGGACUGUGACCUUUGUGCCAUAGUGUCAAACUCAGGCCAGAUGGUCGGCCAGAAGGUGGGGAAUGAGAUAGAUCAGUCCUCCUGCAUUUGGAGAAUGAACAAUGCCCCGACCAAGGGCUAUGAAGAAGAUGUUGGGCGCAUGACGAUGAUCCGAGUUGUGUCCCAUACCAGCGUUCCUCUUUUGCUAAAAAACCCAGAUUAUUUUUUCAAGGAGGCAAACACUACUAUUUAUGUUAUUUGGGGCCCUUUCCGCAAUAUGAGGAAGGAUGGCAAUGGCAUCGUUUACAACAUGUUGAAAAAGACUGUUGACAUCUAUCCAAGCGCCCAAAUUUAUGUCACCACCGAGAAGCGCAUGAGUUACUGCGAUGGAGUUUUCAAGAAGGAAACCGGGAAAGACAGAGUCCAGUCUGGCUCUUACCUCAGCACUGGGUGGUUCACGUUCAUUCUGGCCAUGGAUGCCUGCUAUGGCAUUCACGUCUACGGGAUGAUAAAUGACACCUACUGCAAGACAGAGGGGUAUAGGAAAGUUCCCUACCAUUACUAUGAACAAGGAAGAGAUGAGUGUGAUGAAUAUUUUCUUCAUGAACAUGCUCCAUAUGGAGGCCAUAGGUUUAUCACUGAAAAGAAAGUGUUUGCUAAAUGGGCAAAGAAGCACAGGAUAAUAUUUACACACCCAAACUGGACAGUGUCUUGAUACUGGUUUUUUGGAUCUUCCCACCCCACUUGACAUGAUCAGGAUACUGCAACUGUAAUGCUAAAGAUGCUAUGAUGAUGGUGGUGGUGACACAGACAGCAACAGUGAUGAUCAAGAUUCUGUACAUUCUCAGACAUUCUCAGAUGAUGACUUUGCCAGUAAUUUGAACUUGGGACUUUGUGGAGGGUGGCUGUGCUCAUUAUAUUAUUCCUGAAGGUUCAACAUUAUAUAUUGUACUUUGUAAUUUAACUGGAAUUACAACGAAGGCCAGUAACAUGACAGCAGUGACCCAAGAAAUGAGAUUAUCCUUCAAAUAGCUUCCCAGAAUUCUUCAACAGUGAGCAAAUUCUCAAAGCCAUGGGCUUUGUCCUUAUGAGGCAAGGCUGUUUACUCUGUGGACGCUUGCACCUGAGCAGCUCUGCCAUCCUGAGGAGUGUUUGAUUGUCAGACACUGACCCAGGGGAUACUAUCCAGGUACAAGUGUUUUACCACAAUCACUAGUUCGGCUGAGGGCAGAAAAGGAAUCUCUUCCCAACUUACCAUCUUUCUACAGUACUUUCUACAGCCAAAGCUUCAGGCCAUUUCCUAUUUGAUAAUGAAAAUAUCAUGGAUAUCCUACCUAUAAGAUUACUUUACUAUCUCAAACAUUUAAUUAAAAAUGGGCCAAGUAGCAAAUCUUGAUGAAUUCUCACCACUCCAUUAUUACUACCCCAGACCAUAUAACUAAACAUAUUACUAGAAUGAUCUAUAUUAAUGUUAAGUUAUUUUUGGAUAAGUCCUAAAUAUUUCAGGUGGCUAUUUAACAUGUAAGGUUUCAGCACUGUAAUAACAUAUACUGUGAAAAUACUUCUUUAACAGAACCAAAAAGUUUACUAACUUUGCUUCAACAUAAAACAACACAAAAUUAUAUGCUUUUUAAACUCAUGACACAGGGAAAGCAAAGCAUAUUUUUACAUCAAUUUGUAUCCGACCAUACUUCAUAAUAUAUAUUUAUAUAUUCAAAUUUCUAUUUUGUAGGCCCAAGCUGUGUCUCUCCACACAUUACAUUACCAUUGCCAAGUGCUAGCUGUUAGACAUGGAGAGGAAAUGAUUCCUUGUAUUCAAUCUGACCAGAACUUUUGCCUUCUUGGGGUUUACUUUCCCCACAGUGGGUCAGUUGUUAUACCAUAAUAACAACAGUAAUAAUGACCUUAAUGUCCAAAGUGCUCUGUCAGUUAGAGUCCUUUCGAGUAUGCUAUCCCAUAUGAUGCCCAUGGUCACCCCACUGGUCCAUUGCCUAUGCACUCUGGCAUCUCCUUAGCAUAUGAUCUGUAAUUUGUUGAUUGCUCUGAUAUAUUACUCUCCUUUGCUUAUCUCUAUAUAGGAUAGCAUUUAUGUAGACUAGUCACGAAUUGAUUUCAGUGCCAAAUACAAUAUAUUGUGUCAGAAUUAUUCAAAAAAUACUAUAAGGAUGGUUUUGACCAUGGACUGAAAGCACCAGUACUGUUGAUAUUUUGUUAAUGACUAUUUAGGUGGGGAAAAGAUGAAGAAGCAGGAACAAUAGGAGGGAAUGAAAGCAGAGAAAUAUAGUUUCUUGUUCCAGGCUUGAGAUGACUCUGUUCAUAAUAUACUGAUUGCUCAUUAAAUACUUUAGGGUUGAUUUGCUGAGAGGCCAAAACAUCUUUGCAAAUGAUUCAAAAUACAAAACCAUGGUACCUUGCAGAAUGUUUUGGUGGCUGGAAGUAAGGAUGCAUGUCCCCUCAGGAGCACUCUGCAGGUCUUUCCCAGGGCUACAUCCCAUGACUGGCUUUCAUUAUCGUGGUGCAUCUUGGACGAAAGCCUCUUCCUUGCUCUCUUCUGCCAUUUGGAUUCCCCAGGACUCAUAUCAACAAAAAUGACCAAGUGCCACUUCCAUUGUUGAAACUAUUAGUGUUGUUAUCCUUUAGUUGUUUCCUUAUGUGAUUUUUAGCUCUAUGUAUGUUAGUUGUUUGGAGGGAUAGGAAUGUCCACUCCAAGAAAAGUAAACAGAUACAAAUGUUAAAACUGUAAUAAGGCUUCUUUUCCCCAUGUGAUACAGACGUUCCAUUUUUAAAUAAAAAGAAAUCCUUGAUGAUG